GCGCACGCUCCUAUCGUUCGUUGUGGGUGCCGACUCAUUGCCUCUGCAGCGCUUCAAUACCUGUGAUAUACUUCUUUCUGUCCGGACACAGACAAGAUGGAUCGUUACAUGGGAGCCGGGUCUCCGCAAGACCUGAGAGGCUUCAGCAUUAUCUUUGGUCUGGUACAGGUCGUGGGGAUUGCUUGCGUUGCUCUAGUGGCCGUAUGGACAAGCCAUUUCCUGGGUGGAUUCGCCGGACCCCACAAGCCAAAUCUCGAAUUCAACUUCCAUCCUCUCUUCAUGGUUCUCGCUCUUGUCAUCUGCUAUGGAAAUGCCACCCUCAUUUAUCGUGUGCUCCGCUACGAGCGCCUGUCCCGACUGAAGUGCCUGCAUGGUGCCCUUCAGGGCUUAGCCCUCGUCUUUUCUGUGGUAGCCGUGAAGACAGCUUUUGACUCGCACAACUUGGCGCCAACUCCCAUUCCCAACUUGUACUCCCUGCACAGUUGGCUUGGCCUCGGAACAGUCGUACUCUUCGUGCUGCAGUUUGCAGUAGGGUUCUUCAUUUUCCUGUUCCCGGGGAUGGGCCAGCUGGUGGAGGAAAAUUUCCGUCCAUUUCACGUGUUCUUCGGUCUGUCUACUUUCGUCAUGGCUGUGGCCACGGCUCUCAUAGGCAUCACGGAGAAGCUCAUAUUUAAACUGAAACCCGCAGGGUACAGUGCAAGACCUGAAGAAGCGUACCUUGCGAACUCCCUCGGCGUCCUGCUUGUCGUCUUUGCGGCACUCGUCGUCUACCUGACAACACGACCUGCAUACAGACGGCAGCCUUUGCUAGAAGAGGCUUCUCUUCCUCUAGGACCUCCAGCUCAGCUCCAGGCUCCUGCUCAGUUCGUCCCUCAGACGUUGUAUCCAUUAGUUCCUCAGACAUUCGGUCCCCAGACAUUCGGUCCCCAGACGUUCGGUCCCCAGUCAUUCGGUCCAUAGCGGGCCAUAUUUUGUCGGAUAUUUAUUGGGCAGAAUGAAUUUUACCACGUGGCUGUUUGUUGCCAAAGAUGAUUGUUUAUUUCGUCCUCUCAUGCGUUCUAACAUGCACACAAUUUUCAUCUUAGCGAAAAUUUUUAUUUCUACUUUAGAGUUGCUGCCCUCACUGAGUUCAUCAGCUCUGUCCACGCGCCAUGGUCACGUGCCAUCCGUCGCGUUCAUGUGUCAUGCCUCGUAUAAAGUGUCCCUGUGCUACAAAAAAACCUAGAGCCUGGGACGCAGGUUUAAGUUGACGGCGUAUUCAAUAAUUGUGUUUCAGAUGAAGUUACUAAUUACAUGUACCUAUAGGUGUGUAUUUAACAAGCACUUGUCGUGGAAUGAUCAUAUCAAUAAAAUAUCUCACGAGCUAGUUAGACGCUGGGUUCUUUAAAACGAGCUCUACAUUUAGCCCCUGCCGAUAAUUUCCAUUUUUAUUUGGAACCCCUACCCCAAGAAUU